AUGAUUCGGACUCUUCGAGCUCGUCUCUACUCCGUCUCAAAAUUCCACACCCACAACGCCCGUGUUCGAUCGUUUUCACUGUCGCAUAAGGUUUACGGUGGCCAUGGACGCUCAAGUAGUCUCAUAGCUGGUAUACUUCAGGGCCACAAAGGACUGUGGUCAAAUAAAAACUCUUGUAAUGGGAUUAAAUCUUUUUGUACUGCCCAAGACUUGUCUAUGAAGAAGUGUGUUCCAUGCAGCUCAAAGGAUCUGAGGCCUAUGACUGAGGAUGCAGCCCAUCAAUUAAUUCGACAGGUUCCUGGGUGGGAUUUGGUGAAUGAAGGUGGCAAAUGGAAGUUGCAUCGAUCAUGGAAAGUCAAGAGUUUCACAAAAGGAUUGGAGUUUUUUCAGCUUGUAGCUAAUGUUGCUGAGGGGGAAGGUCAUCAUCCGGACCUUCAUCUUGUUGGGUGGAACAAUGUAAAAAUUGAUAUAUGGACUCAUGCAGUGGGUGGACUCACAGAGAAUGAUUUCAUACUUGCUGCCAAGAUCAAUGGGCUUGAUCUCCACCAUGUUCUAAGCAAAAAAACUGCUAAAUGA